GUGAAUCCAGGGGUGCGUUCGGUCCCAGCCUUGCUAAGAGGUGGGGAAAUCCAUAUCCUUCUUGCUCAUUGUUUGCAAUGUGUCAGCGUGUGGGCAAUUGGAGCUACCAGGGUAUUCUCAAAAGCUCCGUUGAUAUGGAACCUAAAGAACAGACAGAAGAGACCCAUGUCUGUCUCUUCACCUGCCCUGAGAGGAAACAGCCCUUUUCUAACCACGAGGGAGCAAUGCAGCACAUUGGGGGAAAUGAGGCACGAGCAGGAGUCAUACAAAUAUUACAAAAAAUCCCCCACUUUGUCAGAGCCCCAUUAAACUAAACCACAUUAUUCCGACCGUAAACACCCCAGUAGCCCAGUCUACAUGCAGUGUUCCUAUCUGCAGCAGUCACAAACCCUCUUCCCCGCAGGCUCCUGGAGUCCGUCUGUCCUGAAGUCACCUGACCUGAUUCUUACUUUUCACAUUCUCCUUUUCUAGGGGAAUUAGAGUCUGUUAGUCCUAAAUUCUCCAGCCUUCCAUGUUCAUACCCCCCACCUCCAUUACAGCUCUCCUGACAUCUACUGCUCCUGACAGCCUGCAUUCAGUGUCGUCCCCGCUCCCUCCUAUUCCUCACUACGCUGCACCCCACCAGCCCAUGCUCACCAGUCCCGGCUUCCCUCUCUCUCUCUCCUUCUUUCUGGGCCUCUGAGAUCAGCAAGAAGCAUUUGCAGGGGGCCGUCGCUCUGCAGGACAUGGAGUUACCAUCUCUGUGUUCUAGGAGCCCCGUUGAUGAUGAGCGUCUGCCUGGGUUUCCAGUAUCCAGCCCUGACGUGAGCUCCCAGCCGCAACGAGGGGAAGAGCCGUUGGUCCCAGAUCUCCAGGGCUCGGAGGAAAGGGAGAGCAUCUGCACUGCAGGUGAUGGGAUGGUGAGUGAGAAGAGAGAGCAGAAUCCUGAAGAGGAAGAUACUGAGCAAGUCGAACUGCACAGGGCAUUAUCACGAAGAGCCAAAGGGAACGUGCCUGGGAAUUGUGAGCAGGGAGAUGGUUAUAGACAUCUGCAAAGGCCAGAGCAGCAGCCGGGAAACCAGACAGAGGAAAAAGUGGGUAAAUCCAUUAAUUGUUGGGACACUCACAAAGAUGUCAAGGGAUCCCCAGCCCAGCCGAGAAUCCUCAGGGGAAAGAGAAACAACACAGGCACAGAGUGUGGGAUAAAUGUCAGUAGAUGCUCAGACCUUAUUAACCAUGAGGGAAUCCAGACAGGAGAGAGACCCUAUGAAUGCGGUGAGUGUGGGAAAACCUUCACUCAGAGCUCAGCCUUCAUUACACAUCGGAGAAUUCACACGGGAGAAAGGCCCUAUGAAUGCUGUGAGUGCGGGAAACAUUUUGCUCAGAGUUCAGCCCUUCUGAUACAUCAGCGAAUCCACACAGGGGAGAGACCCUAUGGAUGCUGUGAGUGCGGGAAAAGCUUCAGUAACAGCUCAGCCCUUAUUACGCAUCAGAGGAUCCACACGGGGGAGAGACCGUAUGAAUGCAGUGAGUGCGGGAAAAGCUUCACUCAGAGCUCAAACCUUACUAUUCAUGAGAGAAUCCACAGAGGAGAGAGACCCUAUGAAUGCUGCGAAUGCGGGAAAAACUUCCCUCGGAGCUCAGCCCUUAUAAGGCAUCAGAGAAUCCAUGCGGGGGAGAGACCCUACGAAUGCCGUGAGUGCAGGAAAACCUUCACUGAAAGCUCAGACCUUCUUAUACAUCAGAGAGUCCACACAGGAGAAAGACCCUAUAAAUGCAGCGAGUGCGGGAAAAGCUUCACUAAGAGAUCAGUCCUUGUCACGCAUCAGAGGAUCCACACCGGGGAGAGACCUUACGAAUGCUGUGAGUGCGGGAAAAGCUUCACUCAGAGCUCAGCGCUUAUCGCACAUCAGCGAAUCCACAGAGGGGAGAGACCCUACGGAUGCUGUGAGUGCGGGAAAAGCUUCACUGACAAAUCAGCCCUGGUCGCCCAUCAGAGAAUCCACAGCGGAGAGAGACCCUAUGAAUGCAGCGAGUGUGGGAAAAACUUCACACGUAACUCGGCCCUAAUUACGCAUCAGAGGAUCCACACGGACUCAUCAGGACUGGAGCGGAAAGUGUCACAGACCCGGAUGAGGAAUUCAAGUGUGUCCAAAACACAGUCUGAUCAUUGAGUUUAAAUGCCGCUCUCCAUCCUUUUGCAAAGCAGCUUCUGGGCUUUUUCCUGCUGAGUGUGGACUGUUUGCAGAUUAGAAGUUUGGCUGUUCCCCCUCCCCCACUAUGAUGAAGCUAAAACUUUCCUAAAUAACAUGAUGCAAUAAAAGGAGACAGUGCUGAACAAAGCACCUUUGAACAUAUCCGAGAAGAACACAACGUGAACCCCUUGUCCUGACUGUGAGUCAUCAGAUAUAAUCUGCUCUGGAAUUUUACUUUAUCUAAAACUGAAAGUGUCUUAUUCCUCUGUGUUGUGGAUUUUUCUCCCUUUCCUAAAGGCCGUUUGGUUACAUAUUGGGGCACUAGUUUUGUUUGAGAGAAUGUAGCUCAGAUUUAUUGGGGACUUUGAGACAGCUGGCUAUCCGGCAAAAAUAGCCAUUUAUUUUAUUCUUGCUUUUCCGCCACCUCACCAUGAUGACAAUUCGGUCAACUCUGGAGAUUCUAAUGCAGUUCUAUCAACACGGGAGAGUACUCCAAUAGGACAUGCUACCAAGCAAACAUUCAUGUUUUUAAUUCUCCACUUUGAAAUGCUGAACAACAACCCACUCCAAAUUCUACAAUGUACUGAAGGAGCUGCAUGCGAUCACUGUAUUGUUCAGUUCGUUAGGCCGAUAUUAUCUCAGGUGACCCGAGGAGAAAGUACCACGAUAUGUGGCUUGGAGUUUUGCCAUAUGCUCACGCAGUUGGUUCCCAAAGCAGUUAUGAACCAGGGCCUACAGAAGGUUACGCCUGCAGAUAUCUCCUAGCUAAGAUUUUGACUGAUUAAACAUUGUCCCUAACUAUGCAAAUAUGGAGGAAAUAGAAGCAGUGUUUGUGUUGAACUAACCCUCUGUAGGUGCUGCAAAGGAGUGUAAAAUGAAAUCUGUGUUGCACAUGA